AUGGGUUUCAAGGGGACUAAGGCGGAGAAGAAGCAGGCGUACGACAAGAAGGUGUCGCUGAUGCUGGAGGAGUUCUCCAAGGCGCUGAUCUGCAAGGCGGACAACGUGGGGUCGAAGCAGAUGCAGAACAUCCGCGCCGGGCUGCGCCCCGACUCGGUCGUGCUCAUGGGCAAGAACACGCUGCUCAAGCGCACGAUCCGCAUGUACUGCGAGCGCACCGGCAACACCUCGUGGAACAACCUUCUCCCGCUGCUCGUGGGCAACGUGGGGCUCAUCUUCACCAAGGGCGACCUCAAGGAGGUCCGCGAGGAGGUCGCCAAGUACAAGGUCGGCGCGCCUGCGCGUGUGGGUCUGGUUGCGCCCAUCGACGUGGUGGUGCCACCUGGCAACACGGGACUGGAUCCCUCGCAGACUAACUUCUUUCAGGUGCUCAACAUUCCGACCAAGAUUAACAAGGGAACGGUCGAGAUUGUCGCGCCCGUGGAGCUCAUUAGGGCGGGCGAGAAGGUCGGUUCGUCCGAGGCCGCGCUGCUGGCGAAGCUGGGCAUCCGGCCGUUCUCGUACGGGCUGGUCGUCGACCAGGUGUUUGACGACGGGUCCACCUUCCACCCCUCAGUCCUGGACAUGUCAGAGGACGACCUGCUGGGCCACUUCGCCUCGGGUGUGGCCAACGUGGCCGCCAUCUCCCUGGGCGCCGACUACCCCACGCUCGCCGCCGUGCCGCACGUGUUUGCCAACUCGUACAAGAACGUCAUCGCUGUUGCGCUUGCUCUGGAUGACUACACCUUCCCUCUGGCCGACAAGGUCAAGGAGAUCCUCGCGGAUCCUUCCAAGUUCAUGGUGGCAGCGGUGGCGGCGGCGCCGGCAGCAGCAGCGGAGGCGGCCAAGGAGGAGGCCAAGCCGGCAGAGGAGGAGAAAGAGGAGUCCGACGACGACAUGGGCUUCAGCCUCUUCGACUAG